UGAAAUGAUCCAAUGUGCCCUAACGCCUGCCCUCUUUAAUUUGUUCUAUACAUAUAUAUCCAUCCCUAUUCGAUUGCCCGGCCUCCAUCUCGAUCUCUGAUCUAUUACACAUACAAUUCCUUGAUUGUACGUACAAUUGGAUCCGGCCAUAUCAUGAUGGGUUACAAUGAUACGGGAGAUUUCAGCUUCCCGGAUUCCUUCAACAGCCGCCGCCCCCGCCCACUCACAUUCACUCACCAUCUCGGCGCUAUGGCGGGCGAGCAAAGCAGGAGAGAGCAGCAAGUGGUGGUGAGCUCGAGGUGGAACCCGACGCCGGAGCAGCUGCAGAUGCUGGAGGAGCUGUACCGCCGGGGAACGAGGACGCCGUCGGCGGAUCAGAUCCAGCACAUCACCGCCCAGCUCCGCAGGUACGGCAGGAUCGAAGGGAAGAACGUCUUUUACUGGUUCCAGAACCACAAAGCCCGGGAACGCCAGAAGCGCCGCCGCCAACUGGAGUCCGCCCAAGCCGGCCGUACUCUCAAUUGCAUGCCCAACUCUGCCGGGACAAAGGAAUCAGCACCAGCAGCUGCAGCUGGGGCAAAUAUGAGGACAAGGAUUGAAGUGGAUGCACAACAGACCAAAAACCGGUCACCAUCCCACACAUCACUUACUCCAGAGAUAAACAAGUCAGCAAAAAUGGGAACAAUGAUAGUGAAUAGUAGAGUGAUAGGACUGGUAGAGAUGGAGGGUGGAAGAGAAAAGUUGGAAAGGAGGGAGCCAGAGCAGAAUGACACGUGGCGUCAUCAGAUGUCACCACCACCUACCCAUCACCACCACCGCCGGUUUAUCCCAGAGGCAACCAACAUCCCGACGGCCGCCUCCUCAUCGUCCUCCUCCACUUCAUCCACCGCAAAGCUGCUUCCCAGUCGCCGUCAUCGGACUCUCAACUUGUUCUCGGACCCACCAGAAGCGAAAUCCAGUGGGUUCCAAACCCUUCAGCUCUUCCCUCUUCGAGACGGAGACCAAAACGGAAACGGCAUGGAGGAAGACGGCAAGGACCCGGCAUUCAUGGCGGCAGCCUCCAUGGACGACAGCAACUCUCAUGUGGUGAACGCCGCUCCCCAUCAUUACCAAUUCUUUGAGUUUCUACCGCUCAAGAAUUAUUAAAACCAUUUAUACUAAUUAUUUAGAUAUAAUUCAGUGUUUCGUUAAUUUGUAGCUGAAUAAUUUAUUUUGUAGCUGAAUAAUAUAUGAGUUUCAUUAAUCAAUGGUGUUUAAAUUUAAUGGUGACAGUAUGUAUAUGUAUACAUAUAUAUGCUCUAUCUAUACGUAUAUGGUGAUCAGAUUUGAUAUGA